AUGUGGAGCUGUGAUGAUCAAGGAGACACUUUGGCAGACUGUACACCUGCACCAGUGUCGCAGUGCUCAACUAUUAGGACAGAAAUGGCCACGACUGAGGGAAGCACUCAGACGUUCAAGAUGACAUCCCUGGACAGCGACAUCAACCAGCACUUUCAGGAUGCAAUCGAUGUGAUUCAACAGCAUUCAAACAAUUCGUACUAUGAUUCAGAUUACACAUAUUAUGAGACUCUGGGUACUCAGCAGACGUCUCUGCAGUGCCAGAUCUCCUGCUGUCUCGUUACGCACCAGUCAGAUGUCUCAGUUCCUCCUUAUGACUGGAAUGAUACAGCUCAGGCAUCUUGGCCUCAGGUCAUGCCUGAUGUCUCCUUGAGUCACUCUGUGCAGAAUGAAUCACCACGUUUCUGCUCCAUUUUACCACCACAGAGGAACAACAAAGGUCGCAAGAAGCUCAGACUGUAUGAAUACCUCCAUGAAGCCCUGAAUGACCCCAGCAUGGGUGACUCAAUCCAGUGGACGGACAGCGGCAGCGGCACCUUCCACUUUGUCUCCAAGAACAAGGAGAAGCUGGCUGAGUGCUGGGGCCAGCGCAAGGGCAACCGCAAGACCAUGACCUAUCAGAAGAUGGCAAGAGCUCUGAGAAACUACAGCCGCACAGGUGAGAUCAUGAAGGUUCGCCGCAAACUCACCUACCAGUUCAACCCAGACAUCCUGCACAGGCUUGGCUCUGCACAGGUGUCGGUCCACCUGCCCUGCCACCCUCCACAGGACGAGGUUCAGCAGCAGAACCCGGCCGAGCAGAACUACUCCACAGCAACAGACUGGCACAGCUGGUACGGACACUACCAGCUACCUGAAGACUACGACCUGGCCUCCAGCUUCACCUCACACACCUCAGCCAAACUCUGA